UUCAACGUGAAAGCGAGCGUGAAAAGGCGGAAUGUCGUCGCCUUCGUAACCUGCUUCGCAACAGCACACUAACCACAGACUAUGGCUCCAGAACAUCUCGUGCUGUGGAAGACAGUCUCCUUACUACGAUCGAGGAAAUAGAGACUGAACAUGCCUUACAGCUAUCGCAAUUGCAAUCUCAGUUGCAAAACCUUGGCAAUCCUCGACCUCAGCACCUCAACAUUAAUACCAAUCCCCCCCCUCAGUCAAAUUCCUUACCUCGCGCAAUGGAUUUUAAUACUCACAUGCGAAUGGGACACCCUAUUGUCUUCGCGUUGAUUAUUUUCUGCAGUAUCAUCGAGCUUUCAAUCUCAGCCUGGCUCACGUCGCGUUUUUCUGUCCACCACAACUACUUUAGUCUAGCUGAACGAGACCGCACUCGUUUUCUAUUGUUCACUUCGGCAUGGACAAUCGUAUCCUCCAGUCUCUACAUGUUUUUCUUCUUUUAUCUUCCAGGCAGCGUUUUGGGUGGCGUGGCAUCUCAUAUCUCCUUCCUGUUUCUGACAUGGGCUUUCUGGACCGCGGGUGCUACAAGUAUAACCACAGCUCUUGUUGGCGAGCUGAAUCGCAAUACCCAGAGCGUUUUCGCAUAUCCUGUUCAACUUAACGCGCUACAAGGCUUUGCUUGGGUUAUUGAGGCUGUUGUAACUUUCGCAUUGCUAGCUGCGCUCAUCCGUUACAUUCUCGCAAACCGUUGUACAUAGCUGAUAUAUAACGCCCUCCAUUCCGCCCCCGCAUG